AUGCUGCAGUCAUUCAACCAUUUUUUUCUUUCAGGCGCUUAUGUAAGUAUUACAACGGAAACCCGGGAAGGAGGGAAGCCAAGAAAAAAUAAUAAACAACGACCAGCAGAGGCACCAUCGCUGCAGUCGAUUGAUUCAGAGAGAACUUUUAGUUUUGUACAGAAAGAAUCGGAGCCCUAUUUCGGUAAGAAGGUGAAUGUCGUUGCAGAGUACGAUAACAGCAACAAUUUGCUGCACUUGAAGUUCAUCAACAACGAGGAGAUUCCUCACGGCGUGUUACAGAUCGUCAAUAUGACCCUACACUUCCACCCGUAUUUGCGCGCUGUCACCCUGCGCCGCGGUCUCGACAAGCAGGUGCUGCAUCAGCUCUGUCAGAUGCAGGCACUAGCAAAUAUCACCGAACUCUGCAUUGAACAGUGUUAUCUGAAAGAAGGAUGCUACUACGUUCUACUGGAAUCACAAAAGAACCUUAAAUACUUAUCUCUGCCACGGUGCAGCAUCGACGAUGACGUCCUGGAAGCGAUAUCAGCACGGCUACAGCCGCCAUAUCAAGCAUCGAAAACAUUGGUUGUUCUGGAUUUGUCCUCAAACAGAAUCACUGACGAGGGAGCCAAAGGCCUAGCCGAGAUUCUGAGGACAAACAGAAAACUAAGUUACCUGAGUUUGAUGAACAAUAUGAUCGGCGAUAAAGGAGCGACAGCGCUGCUCGACACAUUGAUGCUGUUCCCGCUGCGGUCAGAGGAGUGCUCUGACGUGGUGUUGCGCCGCGCACGCUUUCUGGCCUACAAAACUGCGCUGAUAGUGCCUAAUAUUGCUGAUAAGCAAGCUGAGGAACUCAUAAAGAGGAAAACGGUGAAAAGGUUGCACUCGUCGCCACGGUUCAGGAUAAGCACAAACAAUAAAAGUUCUGACAUGGAUAUCUCACACAAGAGGAGUAGCGAUAGCUACAGAAGCAGCUCCAUAGCGGUAAGUGGGGGCCUGUAUGAUAAGACAAAGUCGUCGAUUGAUUUAAUAGUGGCUGAUUACUGGCACGCGUACAGCGAAAAGAACACUGUGCAUAAGGCAGACGGUCUAUACUGCCGUGGCAACGACACUCUCAACUACUUAAAUCUGGCGUACAAUAAUCUGAGCGCAGUGGCGCUGCACAAGCUGGCGAGGGUAGUGGAAGCGCAGCGUAUUGCUAUGCGCGGUGGACUCUUCUGCGUCAACUUGGACGGGAACCCCAUGCCACUUGACAGCGAAUUCUUCACCUAUAUAGACGAGUCGCUACGGGUGCGCCUUGCCUCGCUUGUAUCCGGCCGCCCUUCUCGCACCGCCAAGAUCAAUAGGCUCCGCGCGGGUAAAAAUCCUCCCUAACCCUUCACAAUACAUGUGCCGCCAUCACAUAGUCAGCCAGUAUUUCAGACCCUGGGCGGUCAUGCUCCGAAACAAAUUCCGUAAAAUACUGACUGUGACUUCUAUUGUUUUUUAAUAAAGAUGAUAUGUAUAAGAAAUUAAUUAA